CAGCACACUGGCAGAUACAAAUUCGCAACUGCUACUUGAAACAAUAAUUAAGGAAGACCUGGGGUUUGACCAUCUUGUUUUAGGGAAGAUGCUUACUACCUCAAAACUAUACCGUUUAGGGGAGAUGCUUAUGUGUGCUCUGUUUAUGGACAACACAGCGCCGAAUAACUUAACAACACCAUAUCUUGUUACUUCACUAACCGCAGGUGAGCCGAACCCAAGAGAGUGA